AUGGCUGCUGCAAACACCCUCUUCCCCUAUCUUCGCAAAGACCCUUCUCAGCUCCCAGAGGGCGAAGACCCUUUCACCAUCACCACCCGUACAGGAUACCUACCUUUUUCUCUUCCUCUCGCCAAGCUCCCAUCCCAAUUCGACCCCGUGUCGGAUCUUCUCAAUGAUAUUCCCAUCCAGAAAUUGGACGGUACACCAGGUCUGCUAGCCACCUUUGAGCUAGGUCCUCUCAUCGACAAUGGCGGUCUUCCUGAUUUGACCUCCGAGAUUGAUAACCUCGUUGUUCCUGGUACUGAUAAGAAGGAUAUGGCUGCCAUUACUGCUGCGUUCCGCGAUUAUAGCUUCAUCGCUUCUUCGUAUCUGCUUGAGCCGUGCUGGGAGCAUUACAGCAAGAGUGAUGAUGGUGGAUACGGUCUUGGAAGACAGACCCUUCCCAAGUGUAUCGCUGGACCUCUUGUCAAGUGUGCAGAGAUCCUCGAUAUUCCCGCCUUCAUGUCCUACGCUGCCUCAUACGCACUAUACAACUACUGGCUCGUUCACCCCGAGCAAGGCCACGACGACUACGACAACAUCCGACUAGUCCGCGCCUUCGAAAAGGGUCUCGACGCAAAGUCUUCAGAAGCCGGUUUUAUUCUCACCCACAUCCACAUGGUCGCCCAAACAGGUGGUUUGAUCGAAGGAGCCGUCGAUCUCCUCACAGCAGCUGAAAAGACCGACAGCGCUACCAAGAUCGCCGAAGCAAAGGCUAGCUUGGAGCUUAUCCUCAACGCGAUGCAAAUCAUCGAGACCAACAUGGAGGGUAUGUGGAGCCAAUCCCUCCCCAAGGAUUACAUGACCUACCGAACCUUUAUCUACGGCAUCACCAAGCAAUCCAUGUUCCCCGAUGGUGUAGUGUAUGAAGGACAAUAUGGCGACAAGCCUCAAUUCUUCAGAGGUGAAUCAGGAGCCAACGAUGCCAUCAUUCCUCUUCUGGACCACAUCUGCGAAGUCCCCAUGCCCAAGAACCCGUUGACGGACAUUCUCGUCGAGUUUAGAGAAUACCGACCCAAGCCUCAUCGCGCAUUCCUCAAGUAUGUUCGGGAAACAGCUGUUGAAGUUGGUGUACGAGACUUCCUUACAAAGUCUGGCGAUCUCGGUCUUGCAGUGUUGUAUCUUCGUCUUUUGGAUCACAUUCGCAGUUUCAGAUGGCGACACUGGAUGUUUACCCGAGAGUACAUCAUCAAGCACACUCUUCAUCCCACAGCUACAGGAGGAAGCCCCAUCAUCACAUGGCUACCCAACCAGCUGGGUGCGGUGAUGGAUCUGAUGGAAGAGGUUGCCAAGGGAUCUGGUCUUUGGGCAGUUUUGGAGGAGGGGGUGUGGAAUGGUGGUGGCUCUUUGACCCAGGAGGACUUUAUCCUGGUCAAGAAGAUUAUGGAUAAUGUUGUUACCAAGAAGGCUCAGCUGACCAAGGAGGUGAACAAAUAUUGUCAAGAUCGGGGUGUUUAG